GUCAGCAGUCACUGUACAGCACGUCAGUGAGACUUCUGGCCUACCUGAAAAUGGAAUAACUUCUGAAGUACGUCAUAUUAACUAAAUAAAGGCGGGAUGCUCUCCACUCUGGGCCAACAAGGCCUGGUUCUGGCUCUGGCCCUGCUCUCCCUAGUGUGUAUGGGGCUGCUGUGUGUACUCUGCUUCUGGUGUCGAAGGAGAAGGAAUAUAAUAACAGAGGACAAUCAACUUUACGAUCCACGAGAGCCACCUGUAAUCCAUCGAGAGGGAAGCAAGUUUGCUGUUACACGCUCCAAAACAGUCAUAAGACCCAACCAGAUUACCAGGAGUCUUCCACCAGAACCAGGGUCGUUACCUCCCGCUGGUGCACAAGAUGAGGAAAAUGGCCAGUGCAGCUACCAGAAUGUGCCACAAUUUGGCACUUUCGAACCCACAUAUGUAGAUCCGAUUCCUGGCUAUUUAUAUGGAAACAUCACUGAUGUCGACCAUUGCUCAUAUGAAAACGUCUUUCCUACACCAAUGAUCCAACAUAAUUCUGAUGGAGAUGAUUACGAGAAUGCAGAAUUUCUAGAAAAUCAUGCUGACGACACAGAAGACGAACCAGAUUAUGUCAACCAAAUGGAAACCUGACCUUGCACUUUAGCAAAACGUGAAUUAUUUCUACUCAGUGAAGCGUUUGACCUUUGCAGUCAGAGCCACCACCCAUGUGUCUGUUCCUCUCAGGCCUUUUAUCUGUCUUGCACUGACACACAUCUGACAAUAUAAAGAGAGAAAAGCAGAGAAGAGCACCGUGUGCUUGUGCAAACUCCUUUGAUUAUCUCUAAUAGAAUGUGUUUUAAUCUUGGUCACAUUUUUCUUGUUUCAAAAUGUAAAACUGUCAUCACAGAGACGCUGUAAAUAAAAAAACA